GUUUUCUUCUCCUACAUAAGCUCCUGGCGUGGUCCGUAUUCCCAAAAACAGUCAGCUGUUAUCGGACCCACGACAAUGCUUCUUUCACAGACUCGGGGCCGCCUGCCCUCUGCUCUCCGCAGCUUGGCCAACAGAGCUGCUAUUCGUCCAAUCUCUACUACACUCCCCCGCCAAAAAGCGUCGCCAAAAGAUGAUGAGCCCGUCCUCAACAAGGUCUCCCGCCAUAUCACACAGCCGGUGUCCCAGGGUGCUUCCCAGGCGAUGCUGUACGCUACGGGUCUUACUGAGGCCGACAUGAACAAGGCCCAGGUUGGUAUUUCCUCGGUCUGGUACAACGGCAACCCUUGCAACAUGCACCUCCUCGACCUGAACAACCGUGUCCGCGAGGGUGUGCAAAAGGCUGGCCUUAUCGGGUACCAGUUCAACACCAUUGGUGUCAGUGAUGGAAUCAGUAUGGGUACCAGUGGUAUGCGUUACUCGCUUCAGAGCCGUGACCUCAUCGCCGACUCUAUCGAGACCGUCAUGGGUGGUCAGUGGUACGACGCCAACAUCAGCAUCCCCGGUUGCGACAAGAACAUGCCCGGUGUUUUGAUGGCUAUGGGACGAGUCAACCGCCCCAGUUUGAUGGUUUACGGUGGAACCAUCAAGCCCGGCUGCGCAUCCAUGCAGGGCAACGCUGACAUCGAUAUCGUCUCUGCCUUCCAAGCCUACGGCCAGUUCAUCAGCGGUGAGAUCAACGAGCCCCAGCGCUUCGAUAUCAUCCGCCACGCCUGCCCCGGUGGCGGCGCUUGCGGUGGAAUGUACACUGCCAACACCAUGGCCACGGCCAUCGAAGUCAUGGGUAUGACCCUCACGGGCUCCUCGUCCAACCCGGCCGAAUCGCAAGCCAAAUACGACGAAUGUCUUCGCGCUGGUGAAGCCAUCAAGCGCCUCCUCGUCGAAGACAUCCGCCCCUCCGACAUCAUGACUCGGCAAGCCUUCGAGAACGCCAUGGUCGUUGUCAACAUCACCGGCGGCUCCACCAAUGCUGUCCUUCACCUCAUCGCCAUUGCCGACUCCGUCGGCAUCAAGCUCACAAUUGACGACUUCCAAGCCGUCUCUGACCGCACCCCCUUCCUCGCAGACCUCAAGCCAUCCGGCAAAUACGUUAUGGCCGACCUCCACAACAUCGGCGGCACCCCCUCCCUCCUCAAAUUCCUCCUCAAGGAAGGCGUCAUUGAUGGCUCCGGCAUCACAGUUACCGGUGAAACUCUCGCCAAGAACCUCGAGAAAGUCCCCGAUUUCCCCGAGGACCAGAAAAUCAUUCGCCCCUUCUCCAACCCCAUCAAGGAAACAGGCCACAUCCAGAUCCUGCGCGGUUCGCUCGCGCCGGGCGGUUGCGUUGGUAAGAUUACCGGUAAGGAGGGAACCGUUUUCACGGGCAAGGCCCGCGUCUUUAACCACGAAGACGACUUCAUUGCCGCCCUGGAGCGCAAGGAAAUCACCAAGGAUGAGCAAACUGUCGUUGUGAUUCGCUACACCGGUCCCAAGGGUGGUCCCGGUAUGCCUGAAAUGCUCAAGCCUUCAAGCGCCCUCAUGGGUGCUGGCCUCGGCCAAACCUGCGCCCUGAUCACAGACGGACGCUUCUCCGGUGGUUCGCACGGCUUCCUUAUUGGACACAUCGUCCCAGAGGCUGCCGUCGGUGGGCCGAUUGGUCUCGUACACGACGGCGACGUGAUCACCAUUGAUGCCGAGAAGCGCGUUUUGGACCUUGACGUUGACGAGGCGGAACUCGCUAAGCGACGGAAGCAGUGGGAGGCUGAUAAGGCGGCGGGCAAGUUGCCCCAGACCGGGUUGAACUUGCGCGGGACGCUUGGAAAGUAUGCCCGGAAUGUCAAGGAUGCUAGUUCCGGGUGUAUUACGGACGCUUUCGAUUAAGCGGCCUUCGGGUCUGGUUGAUGUACAAUCAAUAGUUCUGUUUAAUAGCCUAGUUUAGCUUUUGGUUUGUAGGUGGGAUCUUAGAAAACGGAAAAGCG